GGGUUAUGAUUGGCUUCCCAUCUGACACUGCCAUGGCAGGUGUUCCAGCUGUAGGUCACCUGGUUGUAGUGAGUCUGCGAGGGUUGACCUUCACAUCUGCUACAUAUGCAAAAAGCCUCAGAGUCUCGAAAGAAUCGUCUUAACGAAGAGUACAAAAGGAAUAUUCUAUUUCAUAUUGGAGACAGUAAUUCCUUGCUUGGGAAGUAUAAGGAGGCCGAGGAGAUACACUGGGAGACACUCGAGCUUAAGGAGAAGGUACUGGGCAGAGAGUAUCCUGUCACACUCGGCAGCAUGAAAAACCUCGCGGAUGUUGACGACGGGCAGUGAAACCACCCGCAGGUUUAAGGUGUAAGAU